AUGAAGCACCUCACCGCCCGAGCCGCAAUGCUCCAACCCUUCUGCUCUGACUACCUCCCCGAACCCAGCCCCAACGCCCCCCUCUUCCUCCCCGCCGACGCAAAACGCCACUGGUUCCUAGGCUACAUCUACCGCUGGCACGCCUUCAAAUCCGAAGCAAUCGAGCUUCUCAAGCACGAAAAAUGCAUCCAAGCCUUCCGCCAACUCCGGGGUUUCCAAGUCGACUUGCCACAUACUACGUCACCCUCCCCGUCCCCAUCCCCCGCUCCCGCAAGUCUAGAAUCGCACUUCAUCCGCGAAGUCCUGGAGCCCGUGGAGAAGAUCUACAACACGCUACUUACCACGCAGGCUAUGCGGGAUAUCUAUGGCGACGACAUGCCUCAGGGCAUCUGGCUCGAGAGCGGCGCACAGAAUGAGGAACUGUCUGCGAAAGGAAUUAAGCCCGCUUUUAUUGUACGUUCAAAGGCUGCGAAUGGGAAGGAUGAAGUAAGGUUACUGGGCCAUGCGGAGUAUCUAGGUGGAAGACCGGGUGCGUUGACAGCGGCGAUCAGGAAUGCGGGGAGGAAUACGUGGGGGAGUCUGCGGUGCGUGUUAGGCGACAUAGCGCGCUGGAUGCUCGAGUGCAACACGGAAUACGGGUUCCUAGUCAGCAGCGACGAGAUUAUCUUUCUUCGCUUUGCGAUUGUGUACAAGGGCAAGAAGAUGAAUGUAGCGGAACCCGGAGAACCGGAGCGGCUGGCGUUCGUGUAUACGAUGGUGGAGCCGUCUAUUAAUUACUCGGAUCCCGUCAAGCACAGUGAGAUGCUGGAUGAUACGAACAGCACUGUUACGGUUAGGAUGGCGUUGUUGUAUCUGCUGCAUACGACUGUGAUGAAGAGGUUCCAGAUGCCGGAGCAAAAGGGAAACGCUGCACAGUAUUUUCCGACGACGGAAGCGGGUAAGAAGUUUAGGUUAUAG